AAACGCCAUCUUGAAAAUGUGGCACUGGUCACAGAAGAGGAAAACGUUGAGGACAUCGCACGCUUGGGAAAAUACUGUACUGCCGUUCUUGUCUUGGAUACACUCAUGACUUGACAGCAGCGUGUUGACAAAACGAAUUCGCUGUUGAUCUAACGUGCGUUUCCCAACGACGUUUCUGAUGAAAUCUUGGUUGCUCCAAAACUGCAAUUGGAUAAGAUUUUUACAGACACUGGUUGCCAGCUUUUACGGUGUGCUCAACUAGCUCGCUAAAGCCAACUCACAGAACACAUUGCAAUCCAUCGGGAAUGGGAAAUACAAUGUUUCUGUUCGGAAUCGGAUUAUGUGCGUUACAUUUUGGAAGAUGACAACGUUGUGAGGACCAACAUAUGAGAUUUAUCAAAUAUAAUGUUAGUCCACGAAAUGUGGUGCAUCGAAACGUCUUCGAGAUGUGGAACUCUUUCUUAUCUAGCUAGUUAGCUAGGUCAUUUACGAUAGCUAGCAAACUAAGUAGCGAUUUAAACUACCUGAAGCUAGCUAACCAGCUAACUAGCUAACGUGCAUAUCUCAAGAUUGAGGGUUAAUUAGCUAUGUUCCAUGAUAUUGUUGCUAAUUUGACUGCUUAGAUACUUUACCUGGUAUUAGUCUAACUAGGUAAGUUAACAAAAAUGAAUGUAAAGUAAGCUAACAUUAAUCUUACGCACAGUAGAAUAGUUGCCUAGUAAUCUUGCUAGCUGCUACUGUAACAUGCUACCAGCUAACUAGAUGGAUAGUUAGACCAACCUGCAACAAGUCAGUCAGCUAUGAUUUUAACCAUUUUGUAGCCUCUAGUUAGCUACACAAGUAUCCCUCACCUCUUCCACAUUUUUGGACAUAAUUCUUCAGGACCUUAAACUGUGUAGUAGCAAGCCUAUUGGCUGGCCAGUGCAGUGGAUAUUUUGGAGUGGGUCUUCUCAACAAACACCUGCCAACUGGAAAGUCCGUGUCAAUACUGCACUAUGUUGACAAUACUAGCUUGCAAACUAGCUGGCUAGUUACAUUUGUCAUUUUUUGCACAGACCUUCACAACACACAGUGGAGGAGCAAACCUUUGCAACUGUGUGUUGUGUUUAUUUCCCGGAAAUAAAAGGAUUUCAAUUGGAUUGAAAAUGGGAGCCGCUAGCGAGCUUGCGUUUGCUGUUUUUCUCAUCUCGUUUUCCUCAGGUGCAAUCCUGGGUCGCUCGGAGACACAGGAGUGCGUUUACUACAACUCUAGCUGGGAGAAGGAGCGAACCAACCGCAGUGGCAUCGAGCCUUGCUACGGAGACAAGGACAAGAGGCUCCAUUGCUUCGCCACCUGGAAGAACACCUCGGGAACCAUCGAGAUCGUCAAGCAGGGCUGCUGGCUGGACGAUGUCAACUGCUAUGACAGUAGUGAAUGUGUGGAGACGAAAGAGAGUCCGGACGUCUUCUUCUGCUGCUGCGAAGGCAACAUGUGUAACGAGAAGUUCUUAUACAGCCCCGAUACACAGGCUGUCCAAAGUAAGUCAUCAUCGACCUCCAACCCGUUUACCCAGAAGCCUCAACUGUUCAACACCCUGCUGUACUCCCUGGUGCCCAUUAUGGGCAUCGCCGCCAUCGUCCUCUUCUCCUUCUGGAUGUACCGUCAUCACAAGCUGGCAUACCCGCCCGUCCUGGUGCCAACACAGCACGCCUUUCAUAUAAUGAUAGAGGACCCACUGGGGCCACACACCCCUCCCUCUCCCAUCAUGGGGCAGAAGCCGUUGCAGUUGAUUGAGAUCAAAGCCAGGGGGCGCUUCGGCUGUGUGUGGAAGGCUCAGCUACUCAACGACUACGUGGCUGUCAAGGUCUUCCCCAUUCAGGACAAGCUGUCGUGGCAGAACGAGUAUGAGAUCUACAGCCUGAGUGGGAUGAAACACGAGAACCUGCUCCACUUCAUCGGCGUGGAGAAGAGAGACAACAACAUGGACAUAGACCUCUGGCUCAUCACAGCCUAUCACGACAACGGCUCUCUGACUGAUUACCUGAAGGCCAACGUGGUGUCGUGGAACGAGCUGUGCCACAUCUCCCAGACCUUGGCCCGUGGCCUGGCCUAUCUCCACGAGGACAUCCCCGGGCUGAAGGACGGACACAAGCCCGCCGUCGCACACAGGGACAUCAAGAGUAAGAACGUGCUUCUAAAGAACAACCUGACAGCCUGCAUAGCGGACUUCGGCCUGGCCCUGAAGUUUGAAGCUGGGAAGUCAGCAGGAGAUACCCACGGCCAGGUGGGCACGAGGCGCUACAUGGCCCCUGAGGUGCUGGAGGGGGCCAUCAACUUCCAGAGAGACUCCUUCCUGAGGAUAGACAUGUACGCCAUGGGGCUGGUGCUGUGGGAGCUGGCCGCUCGCUGCACCGCUGCAGACGGUCCUGUGGAUGAGUACACACUGCCCUUCGAGGAGGAGGUGGGACAGCACCCGUCUCUAGAGGACAUGCAGGAGGUGGUGGUCCACAAGAAGUUACGGCCAAGCCUCAGAGAGUGCUGGCAGAAACACGCGGGCAUGGUGAUGCUGUGUGAGACCAUCGAUGAGUGCUGGGAUCACGAGGCGGAGGCACGCCUCUCGGCGGGCUGCGUGGAGCAACGCAUCAUCCAGAUGCAACGCCAGACCAACAUCAUCGCCCCCGAGGAGAUCGUCACUGUCGUCACCAUGGUGACCAACGUGGACUUCCCGCCCAAAGAGUCCAGCCUAUGAAUGGACGGACAUUGACUGGACGUGUCAGGUGGUGGACAUGGAGCGGUUUUGAUUUGAUGUUUUCAGGUAUACAUUGUUCAAUCAGAGUGGCCCGUUCAGGAUCAUGAACUCUGGAUGAUCCUGGGUUAAACUCUGACCCCUGAUCCCCUCAGAUUGGCGUGCUGGCAUGGCGUGGUGUGUUUUAGUGCUGGGCGCUACACUACUGUCAUUUAGGAAAAUACCUGGCUGUGCCCUCCCACACUGCUUUGGUUUCUACCCACUUUAUACUAUCAUGAUGUGUUGGACUCCCAUUGCGAGCCUCAAACUGUAAAACAGAGUCCUUCAAAAGAAAAACAGCAGCCUCUUUGAGCUGGGCAAAAAAGGAUCCUUCAAAAGGACAACACUAGGUCAUAACAAACCCUGUGAGCUGGGCAAAAGGGACAUUUUCUUUUUAUAUAUACGAAGAAAACACUAGGACCUCCUAACAGACUUCUGUUCUAUUUUCUAAGCAAAAGAAGAGGAAGAGGAUGGAGUCUCCAAGAAUUACUCUCACAGCUCAGUAAAAAAAAAAGGGCAACUUGUUUUCAAAAUGCAUUUGCUGUUUUCUUUCUGUGUUAUGAUAAUGAUAAUGACAAUUGUAAUGCCAAUAAGAAACAGCUUCUGAAUGUCACGUGUACUGCUGCU